AUGUCCACAUACGACUCACUCCAUCGUCAAUGUCGGACCUUGGAGUCUCUCUUCGACACCAAACUCACAGCUUAUGCCCGCCUUGCUUCUUCCAUUGCCCGCCACCAGGACGACAUCGAGGCCACUGGCUCAGGCGAGCGUUGGAAAGACCUUGAGAUAGAAUGCGAGGAACUGCUCGAGAAGUUGCAAGAACUGAACGACCAGCUCUCUGCGCUCUCAGAUGACACGGACAAUCCUCCAUCGCAGACCAUGUUGCGUGCGAUACAGAGACAUAGGGAGGUGUAUCAGGACUACGUACGGGAAUUCCGUAGGACAAAAACGAACGUGCAGGCCGCGUUGGAUCAAGCGAACCUGCUAAGCGGCGUGCGGAACGACAUCGAUGCAUACAGGUCCUCCGCGGCCGACUCGUUGCUAGCCGAGCGGGGACACAUCGACAGCUCACAUCGUAUGACGGACGAUAUCCUUGCCCAAGCAUACGAGACCCGUGCAGAGUUCUCUAGGCAAGGCUCGACCAUUUCGGGGAUCAAUGCGCGAAUGACGGGAGUGCUAACUUCCCUGCCGGGGAUGAACCACCUCAUUUCCAUGAUCAGGUCACGGCGGCGGCGAGAUGCAAUCAUCGUGGGCUGCGUUGUGGGCGUAUGUUUAAUCCUCCUGCUCAUGUACGCUUUCUAA